UUAAUUUUUUAUAAAUUUUCUCUCUCAUUAUAUUAAUUAUCAAAUUUCUUUUUUUUUUUUGGUUUUCUCUUCAUCUUUCUCUCUCCAAUGAUGCUCCAAGGCCAAGCAACCACCACCGACCUCCGCCCCUGCAAAAAUGGCCAAUACAGAACCCUAAUGGCCAUUCUCGGCGGAGCGUUAGCUCUAUUGAUCCUCACUACCAUCCCUCUCACUUUCCCUCUCCUCAAUUACUCCCUUCUCCUCCUCAAAACCUCUCUCGAAUCCCCUGCAGCAGCCGCUUCCGCCGCCUUCCGCCCCCAAAUCUUCGCCUCCGGUAAUCUCUCCAUUCUCUCCGCCCUCCCCUGUGAUCUCGCCAUCGGCGAUUGGAUCCCUAAUUCCAACCCUAACGCCGCUCUCCCCUACACUAAUGACACCUGCUGGGCGAUCCACGACCAUCUGAACUGCUUUAAGUACGGCCGACCCGAUGCCGGAUUCCUCCGAUGGCGGUGGCGGCCGGAGGGGUGCGAGCUGCCGGCGUUUAAUCCGGCGCAGUUUCUGGAGCUGAUGAGGCAUAAGGCGUUCGCGUUUGUGGGGGAUAAUAUUGCCAGGAAUCAUGUUCAGUCUCUCAUCUGCCUCCUCUCUAAGCUGGAGUAUCCAAUAGAUGUUUCACCCAGCCGAGACGAACACUUCAAGAAAUGGAAAUACAUGUCCUAUAACUUCACAAUGGCUUUUUUGUGGACAACCCAUCUAGUAAAAUCAAAAGAAUCAACAACAGGAGGCGUCUUCAAUCUAUAUUUGGAUGAGUUUGAUGAAGCAUGGACUUCCCAAAUAGCUGGAUUCGAUUACGUGAUGAUCUCGUCCGGCCAAUGGUUUCUCCACCCUAUGUUUUUCUACGAAAAUGGCAAAGUCAUCGGCUGCCAUGACUGCUUCCUCAACAACGUAACCGAGUUGGGAAUCUACCAUGGCUACAGAAAGGCCUUCAGAACAGCCUUCAAAGCCAUUCUCAGCUCAGACAGCUACAAGGGAAUCACUUACUUGAGGACUUUUUCACCUGCACACUUUGAAAAUGGGCUAUGGAAUCAAGGUGGGAACUGUUUGAGAACAGAGCCAUUUAAGAGCAAAGAUUCAGCAUUAGAAGGUAUGAAUUUAGAGCUUUAUAUGACUCAAAUGGAGGAGUUUAGAAGAGCUGAAAGAGAAGGAAGAAAGAAUGGGUUUAAGUUGAGGUUGCUAGAUACAACACAAGCAAUGUGGCUAAGACCUGAUGGCCAUCCAAGUAAAUAUGGUCAUUGGCCACAAGGGAAUGUGAGUUUGUAUAAUGAUUGUGUUCAUUGGUGCUUGCCUGGUCCUAUUGAUAUUUGGAGUGAUUUCUUGCUUCACAUGCUGAAAAUGGAAGGCAUCAGAUCAGCUCAAGAGAGAGUUCAGUUUGCUCAUCAAACAGAGUUGAAUCAAAGAUGAAGUUUCUUACACUAUAUUUUGUUUUGUCAUGUUUGAUUUGCUUUUGGUUUUGAUUCUUUAUUGUUAUUAUUUCUUUUCUUUUUACAUUCACAGAUCUUCAUCUGUAUUACUCCACCUAGUAAAUGAAAGAAUGAAAUGCCAAUAAACACAAUCAACACAAGUUUGCAUCUA